ACCAAAAUGGACUGUGAAUUUGGUAGGGGCCUAAAUAUAGGAUACAGAUGUUGUGAGAUUAAUGCAUGCAGCAACUCACAAGCAUUCAAUAGAGAUUAAACACAUCCUUAUAAUUCUAAUACAGUCAAACCUCACAAUAAUGCAAAUUCGGAUAUAACGCGAUCAUAAGUUGGCUCCCCUUUUAGGCCGUAAUACUGUUCGCAUUUUAUCGGAAUACUUUUUUAUCCAGAAUCCGGUUUUAUAGGAUAAUGUGACUCGUGGCCAUUUCAGGCCCACUGCACUUAGUUCUCGGGUUGUACAUGUGUAUGGUGUUCGCAUAUGAACUUAUUAGUUUCCUAUAUUUUAAAAAAUAUUUUACCAUUAUGGAUAUGUCAUUUGCAAACGCAAGUCAUUUUCUGCCCAAGAGAAAUUGUACGCCCUGGAUCAACUAAAGAAGGGCAAACAACAAACUCAGCUUGCUAGAGAUCUGGGAAUUAGCGAGUCCACUCUGCGAGGGUGGAAAAAAGAAAAGCUCUGUAGUCUACCCUACAUUCUUGAAGAGGAAACUGUUUUACAGUGUAAAAAGGUCAAGUUUGCUAAUGACAAAAGCCUAGAUUCAGCCUUGUACCAAUGGUUUGUCCAGGCUCGCUCAGAAGGAGUUCCCAUUUCUGGCCCUAUUCUGAAAGCUCAAGCAGAGAAAUUUGAUUGCCUUAUCAAUGGAAAUGAAUCCAAAUUUAAGGCGAGUAAUGGCUGGCUGGACAGAUUUAAAAAAAGGCACACUAAAGGCCAAGUUCUUGUGUCUAGGGAAAUCCGUUCAGCUGAUAAAGAGGCUGCCGAUUCCUACCCAGUUGAGCUUAAAACAUUGCUGGAGGAAGGUUGCUACACAGCCGAUCAAGUUUACAACGGUGAUGAGACUGGUUUAUACUUUAAAAUGUUUCCCAAUUGCACCCUCGCAACUAGGAGAGACCGAGUCACUUUCUUGUUUUGCGUCAACAAGUCUGGCAGCCACAAAGUCAGAUCUCUGAUACUGAUGAUCGGAAAAGCGAGGUCUCCCAGAUGUUUUCAUCAUGUUAAUAUGAAGGCCCUUCCCUUUGAAUACACCAACAGCAAGAAUGCAUGGAUGAAUAGCUCCAUAUUUUAACACUGGUUCCAUAAAACUUUCGUGCCAGCCAUUUGGGCUCGUUUGAAAAAACUCAAGCAGGAGGAAAAAGCUCUUCUCCUGCUGGAUAAUUGCCCUGCUCACCCUGCAGCGGAAAAUCUUGUCAGUCACGAUGGCAAGAUUAAAAUCUCAUCUCCCGAAGAACUCUACGUCAGAAAUCCAGCCACUGGACUAAGGCAUCAUUGAUAUUUAAGCAAAACUAUCAUAGUGAAAUGAUUAAGCAGAUGGUAGUGGAUAACAGCUCCUCCACCGACACAUCACUGGCGUCACUCAACUUGAAAGAAGUCUGUCACCUUGGCGGGAAAGCCUGGGAUGCUAUCUCUGCACGUUGCAUUGAACAAUGCUGGAUAAAGGGUCUUGGUCCAGUUUUUCCAUCAUCUACACACAAUGAUGGUAAUGACAACGAGUCUGAAUUUACAAGAUUCAUUGAAGACCACGUACAUUUAGCCCAAGAAGCACUCAGAGAAUAUGAGCACAGUCAUCAUGAUAUCCUCAACAGGUUUUCAGCAGAUGACAUCUGCCCCAUAUAUGAAUACAUCUCAGAUGACGAAAUCUUUGCAAAUGUCAGUGGGAAGAAUGAAGCUGCACCAUUAGAGCCCGAAACCAGCGGUGCUAAUGACAAUGAUGAAGAUGAUGGCACCUCAGCUCCCCCACCAAAAGUGUCCAAGGUAGUAGAGCACCUAGAAGCCAGUUUGAGGUGGCUGGAAACUCAAGAUGUGGACAGCGUCAAAAUCCUCCAACUCAGAAGCAUUCUUGACUUGGCUAGAAGCCAACAGCAAAUGAUAUUAUUUUUUAUUUUUUUUUAAGUGAUGAUGAAAUUUAAAAUUAUGGAGUCAUGCAACCAGAUUGACUUUUCACUCUGAGCAAUGAUUAGUAUAGUCGAUUUCACAUGUUUCUUUCAUGUACAUGUAAUUAAAUUAUUACUUUUGUGUUUAAAACAUGCUGGGAUAACCGUGGUUUUUAACAAGACUUAAACUGACUGGUUUGAAAUGGUAAAUUUUUGUAACCCCACUAAAAAGCAACCCCACAUUUAUCGUUAUCGAAUUUUUUGGACCCCACUUAUCGCAUUAUAGCAGGGUUUCACUGUAGUUAUUUUAGCAAUAUUAACACACAAGUGAGCCAGACUGAUUCCAGUUGUGUAUUUGUCAGUCUUCAGUUGAGACAAGGGGACCGUGGCAUAAACUAGAACCUGGUCUGCCAGCAUCAGAGUGGAAUCCCUACCCAAGGGCACCAGAACUCCUGCUUCUAGCCCCUGAGUAAAGCUGGAUUCAGACUCCCAGCUCCUGAGCACAGGAAGAUCUGCACCUGCAGUGAAGAAUAUGAGAGGAGGUGGUUGCUGAGUGAAGAAACUGUUGCAUCUGCUAUGGAGUCAGGUACCUGUGUAAUGCUCCCCCUAGUUUCCUGCCUCCACUCGCUGCAGCUCUGGACCGUCCUGCUUCUGGCCUUAGCAGUCUCUUCACAUGGCGUCUGGUCUCUUCGCUCCCGGAGUCCCCUUGCUCCCCGGCCACUCUGUGCCCGUCGCAGUCCCUCAGCUGCCAGGCCUGUUUGCAUUUGGGACAAGAUCUCACCGUCAGAGAGAGACUCUCGCUUCAUCACACUGCGCCAGCGAUCUCUGACACCACGGGAUGGGGAGCUGCGUCAUGUGAUGCGGCUGAGGCGCCAGGCCCCAGGGGCCCGGCCUGCCACCCCCUCUGGGUUUGAGGAAGGGCUGCCUUCAUCCCAGUACCCCUGGGCCAUUGUAUGGGGCCCCACAGUGUCAGAUGAGGAUGGAGGUGAUCCCAACUCAGCCAAUCCAGGCUUCCCACCUCUGGGUUACACCUUUGUUUCACCACACGGGAUGGCAACGGCACAACCCAACUCCCACUCGCUGCUGCACAAUGCGGGGCUCAACCUGCGGGAGACCCCUGCCACGCUGAGGCCCUUCUUGUUUGGGCCCCGGGGGGAAGGUGUGGAUCCUCAGCUGUAUGUUACUAUCACAAUCUCCAUCAUUAUUGUCCUGGUUGCCACCGGGAUAAUAUUCAAGUUCUGCUGGGACCGUAGUCAGAAGCGACGUCGUCACUCUGGCCAGCAGAGUGGGCUGCGGCAGCAGGAGAGUCAGCAGCCACUCACAGACCUGUCGCCCACCACAGUCAGCAUCCUCGGACCCUAUGGAGACACAAUGAUCCCAACACCUGAGAUGGAGGAGCCCAGGCAGGUCCAGGAGGUUGCAGAGAAACUGGGGGGCCAGGGGAAGAGCAGGACCUUCCAGCUCAACCGGAUCCCACUGGUAAACCUGUGAGAGCAGCGGAGCUGGCUUCCACAACCCCUCUGGUCACAUCCAGGGAGUGUUCUGUUGUCUCUGCUACACCAGAAACAAGUUGCUUGUGCCACAACUUUCCACCACCAUCAUUAACUUAACCAUCCCAGGAUGUACUUGGGCAAUGAACAGACUGGGCCUCACUGGUCCCAUGCUGGGGGAGAGAAAGCAUGGGGAUAACCCACAAGAUGGGGUGACAAGGGAGCGGGGGGCGCAAGAGCAGUUGGUGUUGUGAAAUCUAAACCUCCUGAUCCUCCCCCAACAUACACACAUGCACUUUGAUCUCUGAGAAUAACCCACCAGUGCAUGCCUAACAUGGGGGUACAGGAGGUGGAGAGGCAAGGUCCUACCCCCAGUCCCAGCCCCUCUGUUUGUUCCUUCCUGUGUCGUGUGCUUUGAAGUGUCUUCCGAAUAGCUGGAGCUCCAUGGUUGCAGAAUUCCCAGCCUUAGGCAGGGAUUCCGAUGGGGUGGGGGUGUGUCUUCUGCUAAGGCCUUGACCUCUCCUAAGGGACCCAGGUACUGGCAGCAGCUACUGGUGGGUGUUGGGAAGACCUCACUCAGCACCUGCCCCCCUCUUCCAUGGGGGAAACCUUGCCUCUCCCUCUGUCAAUCCUGUCUCUGUUUUCUCUUUCUCCCAAUGCUCCUCUUUCUCUCUGUCUCUUCCUCUGUCACCUGGUCAUCAUCAUCUUUUCUCUCUCACUGGGAAAGGCUGCAGAAUAGUUUUCAUUCUCACCCUGCUUCCAGGCACUCAGAUCUUUUGGACCCCACCUAUCAGGGUUCCCUCCUCACUCUGAACUCUAAGGUACAGAUGUGGGUACCUGCAAGAAAGAGCCCCUAAGCUUAUUUCUAUCAGCUUAGGUUAAAACUUCCCCAAGGCACAAAUCUCUAUUUGUCCUUGGACUGAGGUAUGCUGCCACCACCAAGUGAUUUAGACAAAGAAUCAGGGAAAGGACCACUUGGAGUUCCUAUUCCCACAAAAUAUCCCCCCAAGCCUACACCCCCCUUUCCUGGGGAGGCUUGAAAAAUAAACAAGGUGAGCACAAAUCAGACCCUUGGGUUUGUAGGACACUAAAAACCUAAUCAGAUUCUUAAAAAACAGAACUUUAUUAUAAAGAAAAAAAGAGUAAAAAGUAUCUCUGUAAAAUUAGGGUGGAAGGUAAUUUUACGGGACAAUCAGAUUCAAAACACAGAGGAUUUCCCUCUAGGCAAAACUUAAGUUACAAAAAAACAGGGAUAAACCUCCCUCCAGCACAGGGAAAAUUCACAAGCUAAAACAAAAGAUAAACUAACGGCAUUUCCUUGCUUUGCUUACAAUUUUUGUAAUCUAGAUGCUUAGUUCAAGUAGGGCUUUGGGAGAUGUUUUCCCUGUCCUGAUUCCUUGCUGACCCACAGAGAAACAACAAAGAACAAAGCAAAAACCAUCCCCCACAGAUUUGAAAGUAUCUUCUCCCCUUAUUGGUCUUUUUGGUCAGGUGCCAACCAGGUUACCUGAGCCUCUUAACACUUUACAGGUAAGGAGGGAUUUUAUGAUACCCUUAGCUGUAUGUUUGACACACCCCACAAAUCAGAGACAGUGCUGGACAGCCUGCUUCACACUGGCUGUGAUUUCUUCCUGGAGCUCUAGGAGAAAACAGAAUUAAUAAGACACGUACACCUUUAGAUAUACUGAUUAUAUAAAAAUUCACAAUAUUUUUCACAUUUCAAGGAUGAUUUUAACCAGUUGAUUCUGGGAAAGUUUCACGGGAGAGUGCAUCAGCCACUUUGUUAGAAGUUCCUGAAAUGUAUUGUAUUUCAAAAUCAAAUCUUGGAGAGCUAAACUCCACCAAAGAAGUUUUUUGUUAUUGUCCUUGAUGGUACAAAGCUACUGUAGCGCAGCAUGGUCUGUUUGCAGGUGGAAACACCGUCCCCAAACAUAUGGGCGUAGCUUCUCCAGAGCGUAGACAAUGGCGUAACAUUCCUUUUCACUGAUUGACCAGUGGCUUUCCCUCUCAGACAGUUUUUUUGCUGGGAAAUUCCAGAGGAUGGAAUUCUUGAUCCGAUCCUUCCUGCUUUAAUACUGCUCCUACACCACGCUCAGAUGCAUCUGCAGUGACUAGAAAAGGUUUAUCAAAGUCUGGAGCCCUUAGCACAUGGUCAGACAUGAGUGUCACUUUAAGCUAGUGAAAGGCGUUCUGAGACACUUCAGUCCGCUGAACUGCAUUUGGCUGUUUCUUUUUGGUUAAGUCUGUCAGUGGGGUGGCAAUUUGGCUGUAGUGUGGUACAAAUCGCCUGUAAUAUCUAGCCAAGCCUAAGAAGGAUUGGAUCUGUUUCUUUGACGUUAGGACGGGCCACUUUUGAAUAGCAGCCACUUCAGGCCUGUAGGGGGUUAAUAGUUCCUUGACCCACCUGGUGUCCAAGGUAAGUCACUCUGUUUAGGCCUAUUUGAUGCUUUUUAGCCUUAACAGUCCUGCCUCCCUUAUGCAGACUUUUUGCAGACACUCCAGGUGUUCUGCCCAUGAAUCAGAAAAGAUGGCCACAUAGUCAAGGUAGGCGACUGCAGAUUCUCCCAAUCCUGCUAGAUUCUGGAAAGUAGCAGGUGCAUUUUGCAGCCCAAAAGGGAGCAUAUUGAAAUUCAUACAGCUCUACAUGGGUGAUGAAGGCUGACCUUUCCUUGGCAGAUUCAUCCAGCGGUAUUUGCCAGUACCCCUUGGUUAAGUCUAAGGUAGAAGUGAACUGGGCCCGCCCCAGUUUCUCCAAUAGCUCAUCUGUGCAUGGCAUUGGAUAGUUGUCUGGGCGAGUUACAGCAUUCUCAUCUAGUUUGAGAACUAGAACCAUUGGAGAUGACCAUGCACUGUUAGAGGGGCAGAUUACACCCAUCUGUAGCAUGUCCUGUAUCUCCCAUUCUAUAGCAGUUUUGGCUUGAGGAGACACCUGGUAAGGUUGGGCUCUAAUUGGGUGAGCAUUACCUGUGUCAAUGGAGUGGUAUGCCCGUUCGGUCAAUCCUGGGGUGGCUAAGAUCUUUGUUGGUGUGAAGCUAGUGCACAGCUCCUUGAUCUGCGGUCGCUGCAUACGUCCAAGGGUCAUGGAGUGGUUCACCUCUUCCACACCACUGUCACUUUUUCCUUCGUAGUAGACCCCUUUGGGCCAUUCAGUGUCAUCUCAUCCCUGGGCUAUAAACUGACAAACCUUUAAUUCCCUGGAAUAAAAGGGCUUUAGAGAAUUAACAUGGUACACUUUAGGCUUUAGGUUUGAGGUGGGGAAUGCUAUGAGAUAGUUAACAGCUCCCAAGCGCUCUUGGACCAUGAAUGGCCCUUCCUAUGAUGCUUCCAUCUUGUGGGUUUUGAGAGCCUUCAAGACCAUAACCUGGUCCCUACUUUGAAGGAACGCUUUCUGGCAUGGUUAUCAUACCAGGCUUUUUGCUCUUCCUGAGCAUCUUUUAGGUUUUCUCUAGCAAAGGCUAAAGAGGUUCGGAGGGUAUUUUGUAGGUUGGUUACAAAGUCCAGAAUGUUGGUUCCUGGAGAAGGUAUAAACCCCUCCCAUUGCUGCUUCACCAACUGUAAUAGCCCCUUAACCUCAUGGCCAUACACAAGUUCAAAUGGUGAAAACCUAAACUGGGGUGUAGUACAGCUCUGUAGGCAAAGAGCAACUGCUGCAACACUAGGUCCCAAUCUUUGGAGUGCUCAUUUACAAAUUUAUAUAUCAUGGCCCCCAAAGUUCCAUUAAACUUCGCCACCAGGCCAUUUGUUUGAUGGUGGUAAGGGGUGGCAACCAAGUAGUUCACCCCAUGAGCUUUCCACAGGCUUUCAAUGGUCCCUGCCAGGAAAUUAGUUCCUGAAUCCAUAAGGAUGUCGGAGGGCCAACCUACCCUGGCAAAAAUGUCUGUUAAUGCCUGGCACACACUUUUAGCCCUGGUGUUGCUUAGAGCUACUGCUUCUGGCCAUCGGGUAACAAAAUCCAUGAAAGUCAGUAUGUACUGCUUUCCUCUGGGUGCCUUUUUUGGAAAAGGACCCAGAAUAUCCACAGCUACUCUGAAAGGGAACCUCAAUGAUGGGGAGUGGCUGGAGAGGGGCUUUGACCUGGUCUUGGGGUUUUCCCAAUCUUUUGGCAUACCUCACAAGACCGGACAUAGGUAGAAACAUCCUUGCCCAUUCCCUCCCAGUGGAAGGACUUCCCCAAACAGUCUUUGGUUCUGUUCACCCCAGGAUGGCCACUCGGAUGAUCGUGGGCUAAGCUAAACAGCUUUUCCCGGUACUUAGUUGGAACUAUGAACUGUCUUUCUACAACAAACCAGGAUCGAUUAGAAGAGCUGAGAGGCAGUUUGGUCUCCUCCAAGGUGGUGUUUUCAGAAAGCUUGAGGCAAAAUCCUCUGGUCAUUUUGUAGUUCUGGAAGUAUGAAAAACAAUCCUGAGCAAGGUAACUGACCUGCAUACAAUCCUGAGCAAGUCUUUUAUAGGGCUACUGCAAAAGCAGCUGAAGCAUAACGGAUGGAGAUGGCUGGCUGGACAGAACUCUUACUGGAAACUGGGGCCUUGGCUAGGUGUUUGGUGGGGAAGUGGCUUGGAUUUAACAAAGAUCUGAUGAUGGUUUCAGCUGAGCCUUCUAUCAGGACCCAAGCAUCCCAAAUGGGGUGAGGAAAGGGCAGCGGAGGCAGUGAGGGAUUGAUGCCAUGGGACAAGCAAAGAGGGGACCUACCCUGUCCAUGUUGCAAAAGGGAGCAGUUCAGAGGCCACAUAUGGGAAUGUUUUGAGGGUGCUAUAUACCAUUCAGUUACUCCUGGACUGCUCCCAGUCCACCAGACAGCACUUUGAGAGACAGAAAGAAGGAGGGACAGAGGUGGAAUAUUCACAGGCAAUUAGAAUGGGGCCAAAUGCCUAGGACGCAACGGCUAUAUUGUCACUGCCAGAAAAGGUGUGUUUGUACAAUCCUAGUGGAGACAAAGCUCUGGAGUCUCUGCCAUGAUGGAGUUAGUUGAAGUCAACUAUUGUUUGGGGGUAUAACAUUGACCUCAUCUACCUAUCUUGCAGUAAUAAGUGCCUGUGCCUUGUCCCCACUAGGAUUUCACAGUGAGCUAGCCAACAUGAGAUAGUCAUCUCAGCGUAAAAAAACUAUAUGAAGACAUAGCCAAAGAGCAAAGACUCCACAGCACAGAGACCUUCAGUAGAUAAACCACAGGAGCAAGAAAAGCCCUGGUCCUGCCCAAUCGCCCAGCUGUGCAAAGCAAUUCACUGGAUCUUAGCAGCAGAAGGUCAUUUCAAGCUUUGCCACCACUAAAUUGAUUUGUGUUUCAAAUGUUAAAUUCUCCAGGGUUACUUGGGUCCCACAAGAAACACCAUUCUCUCCCUUUAUUCUCUUCUUAAUGCCUGUCCAGAUAGAACCAUCGCUACCUGGUGGAGGGGGAAAGAGACCAAAUGGUCUGAUGUAUUUUCUAUUUAAUUUCUAUUUAAUUCACUGACAAGGCUAUUGAUAGGGACAUGAAAAAGUUAUCUGUAAUUACCUUUAUAAAACACACAAAAACAAACAAUAGACAUUAGGAAAUGCUGAUGUUUAAAUAAAAUUUCAGGCUUUUUUUUU